AAAAAUUGACUCCAAAGUUGGGGGUCCAAUUGACGAGGAAAGGGAGGUAAGUUUGGGUCUUGCCACGUGAGGGGUUACUUUGAGAGUAUGAACUACUAUUAAUUUUACGAAUGGAGCAUCCGAGUGCCCAGUGGCCCUGUUGCCCACUAGCAACAGAACCUCUCUUCAAAACAAGGUACUAUUAGCCAUGGGUACACCAUAUAAAAGGCCAACCCCCCACCCCUUAUCCCUCUCACCCACGUAGUCUCUCUCCCUCUCUCUUCCCGAUUAGGCUUCUUCUUCGCCGGUCAAGAAUUCUACUCCCCUUCGCCGCCUCACUCUGGUACCCAAAAGCUCCAGCCUUCAUCGUCUUUCUCAUCCUGGCAUCUUCAUCUUCCUUUUUCCCUUUGCGACGUCACCCUCCACUCCAAAUCAUCUUUGAGGACAUUCACCUGCAACUUCACACUCCGAUUUCUUCGGACCAUGGCAUCUUCCUCUUCGACUUCCAACUACCGUGUGAAGAAGGAGACAAGGAGACAAUAUGAAGCAAUUUCUCCCAACUUGAAGAUGGCGAGGCCUGAAAUAGAUCUACGUUAUGGUACGGUAAAGUGUGAUUGUUUGCCUCAAUCAAGAAAUUGUGUAAUUCGAGUUGUGACUGACCAUGAGAAGCCAAACAAAGGUAGGCUUUUUUAUACUUGUGAUCACUGUGGGUUUUUUCUUUGGUGCCAUCCACUGAAGGCUGAAUUUCGAGGUGAGCCACUGCCAAUUGAUAGCUCUGUAAUGGGUCGCACCACCAUCUCUGUCAUAAUUUACUGCUCCGGUGACGGCGAUGAUGAUGAUGGCGCCGUUGUGCUAGGCGGCUGCGGGGAGCCCACAGCGUGCAACUACAGGGGGUGCCGAAGAUGAAGCUAAUUGACCGGUGGGGAGGAAGAGAGAUGCGAGAUCUAUGAAGGAAGAGAAAAUGAGUGAGAAAGGGAAAUAAUGUUGCCUGGUGCUGCGUCGAUCAUCGGCAGGGAGGGAGGGAGUUCACGGAUCUGAGGAGGAAGAAAGAGUGAGGAGGAGAGAUGAGGGUAGGGUUGGUUAUGGAAUGAGGGGGGUGUAUAUGGUGUUCAUUUGGGGUACACAAAGUGGUGUACCCCUAGCAGAACCGUUUAUAUUUUGUAUUCAAUGCUUUAAAAAAAUUCUAAUUUAGGUUAUAUUUUAAACGAAAGCAACAAUAACUUUUAAAAAAGGGG